AUGAAGCCAAUCAAAGUAUACGGAGGCUCAUUUGGCCCCAACCCAUUCAAAGUCUGUGUCGUCCUCGGAGAACUCAACAUUCCAUAUGAUCCGGAGCGCAUCGACUUCAGCAAGCUCAAAACCCCCCAAUACGAAGCCAUCAACCCUAACGGCCGGCUUCCCGCCAUCUUCGACCCAAACACCGGUAUCACACUUUGGGAGUCUGGCGCCAUAAUCGAAUACCUGAUCGAGAACUAUGAUCAGGACCACCGACUCGGCUUCCGUGUAGACUCCGAAGAAGCGCAUCACGCUCGUCAAUGGCUGUACUUUCAGACAACUGGCCAGGGGCCAUACUACGGCCAGGCGGCCUAG